GACGCGGGUGACGAGGGCGACGGUGGCCCAGGCGGUGGCGACGGGCCCGCUGGAGAUCCUGGCGCUGCCGGCGGCCCCCCUCCAGUCAAGGGUGCCAAAAAGAAGCCCGCUGAAGGCUUCGCCCCUGGAGAGGGCAGCUUAUCGGCAGACUACCUGGGUAGGGCGCUGGUGCCGCACCGCUACUACUCUGUGCAAGUCGACCUUGACUAUGACGACCCUGACGACCACCGUGGAAAGAGAUUCUUUCAGUUGUUGAGCUUGAAGGUGCAGCCGAAGCUGAUCAAGACAGUUUCGACAGAGCAGCCAGAUCACGAAACUUUCGUGGUACACGCCCAACUGAUGCAACCAUGGAACGACCCGACCGAUGACGUGGUGGACGCUUACUGCAUAGAAGACCCUGCAUGCCUUGACUUGUUCAUGUACCUUGAUGCGUCACGCGAGUCCAGGCAGAGGCUCUGCAUUUGGGAGGUCAGGGACAGCGACAUCGAUGAGCGCGUGGCUUUGUACGGAGUUGUCGUGGCGAAGCCAUCUGGCGACACGUUAUCUUGGCCCACGCUGGCGCUUCUUGAUGAGCUUGAUGCGAAUGGAUGGCGCCGCGAGCUCGCUCCCAUCGAGUACGGGGAUGCAGCAUCUGCGUCGCAGUACGAUGGUCGGGCAGUGCGGGUUGGCAGGCGGUAUUAUUAUUUGCGCAUGCUCUGCUUGGGCGCCCUGUUUGAAAAGGGCGCCGCGCCAUUCAGCUCAGCGGAGCCAGACUCAUUCUACCAGUUGUUACUUAAGUAUCCCAGCAAGGCGGUGGCUGGGCAGAGUGCCAAAUCAUCAAAAGCAUUAUUGGACGGUCUUGGGGGCGACGAUACCUCAGAUCAUAUCAUCGUGAAUCGCCCUUCCAAGAAGCUCAAGCCCGCGCCAGCUCUGUGUGAUGAUGUCGUGGGCGACGACGGGGCCGAUCCAGUUGAGGACUGCGUCGACGGCGGCGUCGACAUCGAGCCACUCCCCAUCCCAGGCGCAGCUGGUUAUGCUGCUGAUGUCGAAGGGGAUUGCGGCGAUGAUGGCGGCGGGGACGGCGAUCCAGCAGGUGAUGGGCCUCAUGCCGACGUUCCAGCUCCAGUGCCAGGACCUCCUGUCGGCGACGCCGCAGGCCCCGCCCUCGCGGUCCCGCACUUCAUAGAGGGCCAGCGCGUCACGUACGAGUCUCACGUGACGCCGCCGGGGGUUCCUCACGCUGGACUCCGAGCUCGCUGCAGCAACCCUGCCCAUCCUGGAUGUCGGUGCUUUCGUUCUGGCAAGCUCGACGUCGACAGGUACGGGCCCAAGGCCGCUCAGUACUUUCUGGGGGCUCGGCUGCAGCUGGCACACGGAGCGCCCACCAAGGGCGCGCGCAGGAAGCCUCGCAGAGACGAG